AUGAAUGUCCCUGAAGAGUACUCAUAAAUAAUUUAUCGUCUUGAUGAUCAAUUUAAUCAAAUCCAUAAAUCCAAAAGAUUUUUUAAAUCUUAAAGAAUGGAUAAUUUCACUUUUUUGAGUGCAAAUAUUUCAAAAUUCACGAACUCAACUGAAUCUUCAAGUAUUAAAGAGUUAAUUAGAUUUACCAUCUGAAGUAGAAACUGCAAGAUACUUAUCAAUAUCUUAUUUAUUUUACUUACAUUCAUUUUAUUAAUUAAAUAAAGAUCUUUAUCCAAACAAGAAAAUUUAAAACUUAAAUAUUAUACUAAAUUUUAGAACAAUAUUCAGUUACUACUUGUGA